AUGGAGACUCCUUCUGCUUUCUUGCCAGGACGGCAUCGCGCCUCAUCUGACCCGCUCUCGCGCGGCGGCGCCUUUCUCGACGGCGCAGGCUUGCUCCAGCAGGAACCUAACCCGUUCGAGCAGUCGUUCGGUCCACAGGCGAGCACGUCCAAGCCGACUGACGGCACCUUGACGGCCGGCGGACGACGAGCGCGCUCGACCAGUCCCUCGGCGCUCCUUCCUCGCGCGACCCCAGGCGGGUUGCAACGACUGCCGCCGCUCUCGCUUAUGCAGACGCCCGGCGGCGAGCUCUCGGCGUUCAACUGGGGCGUCGACUCGCUCCGAACCGGUCCUCUGUCUCCAGCGCUGCUCAACGGACCGACUGGCACGUCUGCCCUGUUCGAGUCGUCCUUGAGGACGGGGCUGACACCCUUCGUGGCGUCUGGUGCUCCGAACGGUCACGCAGGCGGAGGCGUCUCGUUCCCGCCGCCCAGUCCGGCGACCGCCGCCCUCUUCGCCAUGAUGACCAACAACACGCCCGGCACGUCGGACGCCGCUGCGCUCGCUGGCGGCGGACCGAGGCCGCACGAAGGCCUGAACGAGGCCAACUCGUUCGACGCGAGCUUUGCGCAGGCCAACUCGACCCAGCACAGCAAGUUGCGCAACUCGCUUCGCGCGUCCGACUCGCCUGUCGACAUGAACGGCGGCGUCACGCAGCCCUCCUCGACGGCGGGAAUGAGAACACACACACGCUCGUCGUCGAACGUCUCGGUUGCGCCUCCCCCUCCUCCGCCUGGCGUCGCGUACCCGCCUCAAGGCCCGCCCGGCUCGCACGUCUACUACCCUCCCGGGCCUCACGCACACGCCGCCGUUCCUCCGCCAGGCGCCCCUCCCCCAGGCUACGCCUUUCCUCCGCACCCACCACCUCCCCAACCUCAUUCUCACGCCCACUCGCAAGGUCCGCCGCCCCCUCCCGGCGCUCCUCCUCACCCACACUUCACCGGUCCUCCAGGCCAACUCGGCUUCACCGCCCCUCCUCCACCCACCAACCCGCUCGACCUCCUCACCCAAGCCUCGUUUCACAACGACGAUGCCGUUGCAGCUGCAGCAGCGCUCUCGGGACUCGCUACGCCCGGUGGUGGGUUCCCUGCUGCGGCGGUACUCGCUGCGGCUCAGCAGCAAGGAGCGACGGGAGGAAUCAUGCCCGCUUCGACAGUCACGGGCGGACCUGGAGCGGUCGGGACUGGACCUGCGAAUGGCGGACCGGCGAUCAAGGACUCGAGUCCGGCGCCUAGUGCGGAUUCGAGUGCGGGAGGGGGGACGGGGCGCGCGAAGCGUGGAGCGGCGGCGGCUGGUGCGGCGGUCUCGAGUGUGCCGGCGAAGAGGGCGAGGAAGCCGACUGCGGCGGCGGCGGCGGCGGCUGAGGAGAUGAGUCUUGGAUUGGACGAGGAGGAAGUCGCGACGACUUUGACGACGAAGAAGGCGCCUGCGAAGAGGGGAGGGAGGAAGGCUGCUGCGGCUGUGGCGGCGGCAAAGAAGGAGGACCCGGACACGGACGGGAUGUCGGUUUCGGCGAAUGGGUCGGUGCCUCCCGAAGCGGGCGGGAGCGGAGAGUACCAGAUGGAAGGAAUGGAGAUGCCGACGGGACCGUCGAAGGGCGGGCGCGGGAGGAAGAAGGACACGGGCGAGACGGAGGAGGAGAAGCGCCGCAACUUUCUCGAGCGCAACCGACAGGCCGCGCUCAAGUGUCGUCAGCGCAAAAAGGCGUGGCUCCAGUCGCUCCAGACCAAGGUCGAACUCCUCACGACCGACAACGACGCCUUACAGACGACGGUCAACAAUCUCAAGGAGGAGGUCAACUCGCUCCGCGCCAUCCUCGCCGCUCACGCAUCGUGUCCCGUCGCGCUCGGCAACGUCCCGCCCGCGCCGCUGCCGCCCGGUAUGUCGCCGAUCGACCCGCGCCGCGCAGCGAUCCCAGGCAUGCCGCCUGGUUCCGCGCCCCCUCCUCACGCCGGUCAUUCGCCCGCCAGCAUCCCGCCAGGCUACGCUCCGAGGGCCGUCUACCAGUGA